UUGAGCCGCAUCCAGACGCACUGGCCGCCGCUGGCUGAUGCCCGCCCCCUCUCCUCCUCCUCCUCCUCUUCUUCUUCCUCCUCAUCCUCACCAUCAUCAUCCUCCUUGUCCUCUCCGCGUCGCCCCUCAUCUUGGUGCUGUUGUGCGCAAAAUCUCCAGCGCCGGACGGAGGGGACGCAGGACAUCGGAGGGGAGAAGAGCAGACAUGGAUGUUUAACCGGCAAAUUGCUCUCCAAGAAGCUCUUUGGUGUUUUUUUUUAUUUUUUUUUUAGGAUGUUGCUUUUGCCCUAGGAGGGUGAGGAUCGGACCUGCUCGAUGUUUCUCUUCAGUUAAUAACCGAACCAAGAUGAGGAUUUCUCCCUGUGACUGGAUUCUGUUGAUGUUCUCGGGCUUCUGGGGGCUGGCGAUGGGAGCUUUCCCGAGCAGCGUUCAGAUCGGUGGUCUGUUCAUCAGAAACACUGAUCAGGAGUACACCGCCUUCCGCCUGGCCAUCUUCCUGCACAACACCAGCCCCAACGCGUCCGAAGCCCCGUUCAACCUGGUGCCUCACGUGGACAACAUCGAAACGGCCAACAGCUUCGCCGUCACCAACGCCUUUUGCUCGCAGUAUUCCCGCGGUGUCUUCGCCAUCUUCGGCCUGUACGACAAGCGCUCGGUUCACACGUUGACGUCUUUCUGCAGCGCCCUGCACAUCUCCCUCAUCACGCCCAGCUUCCCCACGGAAGGCGAGAGCCAGUUCACCCUGCAGCUCCGGCCAUCCAUCCGGGGGGCGCUGCUCUCCAUCCUCGACCACUACGACUGGAAUAAGUUUGUCUUCCUGUACGACACAGACCGAGGAUACGCCAUCCUGCAGGCCAUCAUGGAGAAAGCCGGACAGAACAACUGGCAGGUCAGCGCCAUCUGUGUGGAAAACUUCAACGACGCCAACUAUCGCCGGCUGCUGGAGGACCUGGGCCGGCGGCAGGAGAAGAAGUUUGUCAUCGACCUGGAGGCCGAGAGGCUGCAGAACAUGUUGGAACAGAUUGUCAGUGUUGGGAAACAUGUGAAGGGAUACCACUACAUCAUGGCCAAUCUGGGUUUUAAAGACAUCAACCUGGAGCGCUUCAUGCACGGAGGGGCCAACGUGACGGGGUUCCAGCUGGUGGACUUCAGCAACCCCAUGGUCAUCAAACUGAUGCAGCGCUGGAACAAACUGGAUCAGAGGGAAUACCCCGGCUCCGACGCGCCACCAAAGUACACGUCGGCGCUGACGUACGACGGGGUGAUGGUGAUGGCCGAGGCCUUCCGGAGCCUGCGCAGACAAAAGGUUGACCUCUCCAGGCGGGGGAACGCCGGCGACUGCCUCGCUAACCCUGCCGCCCCGUGGAACCAGGGCAUAGACAUGGAGCGCACCCUGAAACAGGUCCGGCUGCAGGGAUUAACAGGUAAUGUUCAGUUUGACCACUAUGGCCGAAGGGUCAACUACACUAUGGACGUGUUUGAGCUGAAGAAUAAUGGACCCAGACGGAUCGGCUACUGGAACGAUGCAGACAAACUGGUGCUGAUCCAGGACUCCCCGCUGCUUCCAAAUGACACCACUGGCAUGGAAAACCGCACCGUUAUUGUUACCACCAUCAUGGAGGGUCCCUAUGUGAUGCUAAAGAAGAACUGGGAGAUGUACGAGGGCAACGACCAGUACGAGGGUUACUGCGUGGACCUGGCCUCCGAGAUCGCCAAACACAUCGGGAUCAAGUACAAGAUCUCCAUCGUCCCAGAUGGAAAGUACGGCGCCAGGGACCCAGAGACGAAGAUCUGGAACGGCAUGGUCGGGGAGCUGGUGUACGGGAAAGCGGAAAUCGCUGUGGCCCCUUUGACUAUCACACUGGUCCGGGAGGAGGUGAUCGACUUCUCCAAACCCUUCAUGUCACUCGGUAUCUCCAUCAUGAUCAAGAAGCCCCAAAAAUCUAAGCCGGGCGUGUUCUCCUUCCUGGACCCGUUGGCCUAUGAGAUCUGGAUGUGCAUCGUGUUUGCCUAUAUCGGCGUGAGCGUGGUGCUCUUCCUGGUCAGCCGCUUCAGCCCGUACGAAUGGCACACCGAGGAGCCCGAGGAGGGCACCGACGGUCCGCCAAGCGACCAGCCCCCCAAUGAGUUUGGUAUCUUCAACUCUCUCUGGUUCUCCCUGGGCGCCUUCAUGCAGCAGGGAUGCGACAUCUCCCCCAGAUCGUUGUCUGGACGGAUAGUGGGAGGGGUGUGGUGGUUCUUCACCCUCAUCAUCAUCUCGUCCUACACGGCCAACCUGGCCGCCUUCCUCACCGUGGAGAGGAUGGUCUCCCCCAUCGAGAGCGCCGAGGAUCUGGCCAAGCAGACCGACAUCGCCUACGGCACUUUGGACUCGGGCUCCACCAAAGAGUUCUUCAGGCGGUCCAAGAUCGCCGUCUAUGAGAAGAUGUGGGGCUACAUGAAGUCUGCCGAGCCCACAGUCUUCACCAAGACCACGGCCGAAGGCGUGGCGCGGGUCCGCAAGUCCAAGGGGAAGUACGCCUUCCUGCUGGAGUCCACCAUGAACGAGUACACGGAGCAGAGGAAGCCCUGCGACACCAUGAAAGUGGGAGGCAACCUGGACUCCAAAGGCUACGGCGUGGCCACACCCAAGGGUUCACAGUUAAGAACGCCCGUAAACCUUGCCGUUUUGAAACUGAGUGAAGCAGGAGUCUUAGACAAACUGAAAAACAAAUGGUGGUACGAUAAAGGGGAGUGUGGACCCAAGGACUCUGGAAGUAAGGACAAGUCGUCCCAAGCCCUCAGCCUGAGCAACGUGGCGGGGGUCUUCUACAUCCUCGUCGGGGGCCUGGGUUUGGCAAUGCUGGUGGCCCUCAUCGAGUUCUGCUACAAGUCACGCAACGAGGCCAAAAGAAUGAAGCUAACAUUCACAGAAGCCAUGAGGAACAAGGCUCGUCUGUCCAUCACAGGCAGCGUUGGGGAGAACGGACGAGUGCUGACGCCCGACUGCCCCAAGGCCGUCCACACCGGGCCUCCCAUCCGCCAGAGCUCCGGCCUGGCCCUGGUUUCCUCUGAGCUUCCUUGAAAACCAAAAACCUCUCAAGUGCCUUAUUGCAAUAACACCACCACCACCGACCGAGACAGGAACCACAAAGACACAGGAUUGAGCCGGCCGACCGGUCUCUGCUGGUCAGGAGGAGGGAAACCAACGCGAGGCGGGCUCCUAGCCAGCCUCCAGAAUCUGAGGGAACCAGAGACACAACUAUCUCCUUUUUUAUGGGACUGAGGAGGAGAAGAGAGGACAGAAAACAAUAUCAGAGACGACGACUAGAGAACAAAAAAAAAAAAAACGCAAACUUGAAACUUCUUCGUCUUUUCUGAGUGCUGUGGUAAAAAAAACUGGACUGUUCUCAGACAGCAGCAGAUAUCAACGAGCGACACGCAGAUAUUUCUAUUCAUUAAAGCAGAAAAUUAAAUUUAUUGACACUGAAUAUAUGAGCAAACAUAGAAAUGUGUGAACAUUAGUAAAUCUGUAUAUUGUGAGGAAGAACUGCUGAGGUCUGGCUGUACAUACCCACGGCUGUGCUUGCUUUCUAAACAUGUACAUAGCAGACACUGUAGUGAAGAGACCUUCUCUUUUUUAUUCUAAAAACAUCUUUUAAGAUUUUAUUCGUCGCAAUAAUGGAAAGUUCGACGCCACCCGAAGCGGACGUCGGGAGGUACCCAUGAACUUUGUGUUGAGUAUAUUAACGUAGGAGCAUCCGAACUAAAUGUGAAGGGUAUCGACUGCCCAAAUACUCUGAUACCUGUUGCAGUAAAAGUUUAUGAAAUAUAUUCCAGGAUGAAUGUUAUUCUAGCUCCACCCUGCAAACCCGACCCGUUAGUCCUCACUGUGCAGACGUAGACCCAGAGAGCGGCUUAGAAAUCAACUUCCUGCUCUCACAACGUUAUUUUCCUCCAUUCUUUGAUCUAUUUUUUUAAUGCUGAAAAUAAAAAAAACUAAGGUUUAACUCAGUACUAUCAGGGUAGUACCUUAACGCCAUCAAUGGAACGAUGCCAUUCCUCCCACGGGUUGAACAGGGGUCGGGGUUGGGGCCGUCCCCCCCCUGGUCCAAACGGAAUCACUGUGGAUCCUCUGUAGCAGAAGCGUCCUGGAGACAGCUGGACACUCUGCAGGACGGCGGCGGCACAACUAGACGCUUCUCAUGCGGCCCGUCCUCGUUCACGCCGACGUCUACGAGAGGGAAGAAACCAGCGGCGCCAGUCCAGGUCCGGCAUCCCCGUCCUGCCAUCUGUCUCUACACCGGACGCCUGACGUGGGCGUCUUUACUUCUCAUUUAAUUGUACGUCUUUAUUUUGAUCUUUUUUAAGUAAAGAAGAAAAUUAAAAUUUAAAAUUACAA